GGAGCAAUGAGAAGAUCUGACGGGAUGGUUUGAGAUUUGAGAUUUUUUUUGUCUUUUUGUCUGCUGCUGGUAUGCACAAGUUAUGGUCUCUGAUGCAGAGCAGUGGAUGGGAGUGGAAUUCUGUAUGGCUGCUGGUUGUUGGUGGAAGUUCUCUGCCCUCUAACUUUUCUUUUUCACAGGGCUAUACAUAAUGGUAUAUAUAUAGCCCUUUGUCUCCAUCUUUUGGCGUCGAUCAGUAGAGUGCGUUGUUUAUACUUGUCGUUUAGGUCUGUAUAUAAGAGAGAGAUAUGGACAGUAGUACCACUGGAGAACAGAUGAGUACUAUGGAACAGCUUAACUUCAACAACUACAACAUCGUGCUACCACCGGUCCACAAAGUGAUGCUUCCUCCGCCGUCGCAGAUAUGGGAGUACAACAACAAUGGCGGGAUGAGAAUGCAGUACAACACCAACCCUGUGGGAAAUGGCCCCAGUAACGGCGUGAGCCAGCUACAGCAGAUGCAACAGAUGCAACAGAUGCAACAGCAGUUGCAACAACAAUCACAGCAACAGUCACAGCAAUCUCAACAGCUACAACAGCAGGCACAGCUCCAAGCACAACAACAGUUACAGCAACAGCAGUUACAGCAACAGUUGCAACAGCAGCAGCAGUCACAGUCUAUGCAACAACAACAGCAAUCACAGAUACCGGCACACAUACAUCAGGCCCCACAGUACGCCAACUUCUACGACAGUGCCGCCACGUCCUUGGGCACAAACACUCCCAUCACUCAGACGCCUUCGCCAACAGAUCAUAUGCAACCUAUGCUCCAGCUGAAUGGUGCACAUUCCUCCACGACGACGAGCUCGCUGUCGAACUCCGUCACGAAUGCGGAUGCUUCAAAGUUCAAGGCCAAGAAACCGAGAAAGAAGAGACAGUGCCCGGAGUGCUCCAUGUGGUUCUCGAACCUUUCGACACACAGGGCAAUCCAUCUCACUCCUGAGAACAGACCAUACCUGUGUCAGAUCUGUGGCCGGGGCUUUUCCAGAUCCAAUGACCUGUUUAGACACAGCAAGCGCCAUUGGAAGGAGAUGGGGGACGACAAAGGCGCGUUCAAGUGUCCCUUCAACACCAAUCUGUUUGGCUCCGGUGAAUUGAACAAGGAGACGUCGUCGCUGGUGCCAUGCCAUCCAACCGGUAUCUUCUCGAGAUGCGAUACGUAUAAGAACCACUUGAAGGCGUUACACUUUGAAUACCCUCAAGGAACGAAGAAGAAGGACAGAGCUGGCGUCCGAGGCCGUUGCAAACAUUGUGGUAAGACAUUCAACAACGUGAACGAAUGGCUCGACCUUCACGUUGAGACCGGCAACAGUGGAUCUGUUGCUAAUGGCAGCAUCAAUGCGGGCGGGAUGGCCAUUCCUCAGAACGUUGGCAUGCCAAUGUCCAUGCCAAUGCCGAUGAGUAUGCCGAUGAAUAUGAACAUGCCUAUGAACAUGAACCUCAAAUGAAGAACUAUUAGAAAGUGUAUCCGCAUAUACCUAUUAUUAUUAUUGUCAUUAUUAUCGUUAUUUAUCCACCAUCUGUUAUUAUUCAC